CCUAAAUUAAGUGUGGUAAACAGUGUGAGUAACAGAAAUUUUGAUGAUGUUAGCAGUUCAUCACUCUAUAUACUGAGUGGCUGAAAAUAGUAGCAUUGUCAGCAUUGCUGAAACAAAAGACUGUCACCUUGUUCUUGCCAGAGAUUUUGUCUAGCCAGAAGAACUUGAACCUGAACUGCAAUGGCAGCAAUUGUUACUGGUCUGAUCCCCAUCCUUCGCACUGCAGUGGACACCACCACCACCUACAAAGGGCGCACCUUGUGGUUCAGCUUUCUCUGUAUUCGCCUUGUGACACUUUUUGUGGCUGAAAUGCCUUGGUUUAAAUUGAAUUCAGACUUCAGUUGCAAUGUCACCAAGGACAGCGUGUGCACUAGAGCCUGCUUCAACCAGCACUUUGACAAGCCUGUGGUAAUGGCUUGGAACUAUAUUUUCAUCCUCCUCAUUCUGUCGGUCCUGCUCAUGGAGCUUUUCACUACCCACAUACACUCAGUUUUUGAGAAGAACUUGGGAGAGAGGCAAGAAUCUCUGGGUGAGCUGAAAACUGCAAGUGACCCUGGCAAUAACAUUGCUGGGAUAAUGAUCUUAGACAUGCACAGAAGGAGGAAUGCUGUGUUUUUCUACCUGUUCAGCGUUAUGCUGCGGAUUUUGGUUGAGUUUUGGUUUGUGUAUGUUCUGCUUUAUUGGAACUUGUCUAAACUAAACCAAGGGGUGUUCGUAUGUAAGAGUUAUGCCAUUGGAUGUCCAGAUCAGGAGUGUUUGGUGAGUGGCAAUGCUGAGAAAUGCAUGUCUAUCUAUGCUUUAGUGUCCAUUUCUGUCCUGGUCAUCAUCAGCAGUUGUUUGUUCUGUGUCCACUUAAUUGGCCACUACCUCUGUAACUGUUGUACCAAAGAAUCUUACAGUGUGUAAUUUCAUUGUUUGCAAAAUGUAUUUUGGUUUCUCUGAACAAGUGUGGUCUUUCAUUCAUGUCUUUCUUUGUUCUGUUAAACAUUUUUCAGACCAGUGUUACUGUGUAUGAAAUUGUUUGAAUAUCAUUGAAUUAAAAACAGGUUUGCUGUGUUUUAUUGAAUUGUGACAUGUGUGGCAAUAAAGGGUGUCACAAUUUGAUCAGUUUUGGCUGUGUUGAGCAUGGUGUUUCUGACCUAAUGUUUCUGUAUUUUUCUUUCUUUUUUCUUUUGGGUUAAGAUGUUGGAACAUUGUGCCUUAAGAACCGUGUAAGUGCACAAGACAAAGAAAUUAUUCUCACAGUAGUUUACCAUGCACUAAAUAUGUUUCUUUCAUCAUUCACUUAUUAAAAAGCAUGGAUUAUAUUGCUAUAAAAAUUACUGGAAUGAUUUAGCUAAUAUAUUGUGAGCAUAUUGAGUCUUGGCCAUAUCAAGGUCAGAGGUUUGAACUGCAGCAUUCUCUCUCCACCAGAUGAGGCACUUUCACCUCGCAUUCCUUGGUACAGGUGCCCUGAUGUACUUCAUUUAAAAACAACUGACAAUAAUGUGAAAUAAGGAUUAAAAAUAAAAAUGAGAAUAUCUUUUAAACUUGCUUAAUGUAUUAUUUCAGAUUCUGAUUAUGUAAUACCACUUAUCAUUACUGUUUGACUUUGAACAUGUAUUGUAAGCCUGAUGCACUG